GCCAGAAGAAGCUAGAUCCGGUCAACAUCGGUAUGAGGGGGCAAUCAAAAGCGGAGAGAUCAAAACUUCAUAAAAGUACUAUGGGGGCACCUCGCAUACACUUCUUUGCAGUUCUUAUCGUCUUUUCCUGCGCAUUGCCCGCCUUCAGCCUCAACUUUUAUCAACGCAGUGCCACGCCUGGUGAGGCAGUGGAAACGUCUUCCGGCAUAGGAAGGAGGCUGCUGCAGAGUGCGGCAAAUACUUCCCAAUCUCCAGGGCCAGCGGUCGCCCUAAAUGCGACUGCAAAUGGCUUUGUCUAUAAAGCAAGCCUGGUCUAUCCAGUUUUCCCAGCUCUGUUUGUGUUUGGGGAUUCGCUGGUGGAUACGGGAAAUAUCGUCAUUCUCGAUCCUGAAUCUUCCGCCAAAGGGUAUCCAAAUGGAGUGACGCCCGGAGGCAGGCUCAACGUCACCGGGCGCCCCUGCAACGGCCCCAACACCGUUGACUACCUUGCAGAGUUCCUGGGCCUCCCCUUCGGAGACCCUAUUUUGCUGCCAGGUGGCAACUUUUUCUACGGGGCCAACUUUGCGUCUGCCGGCAGCGGCGCGCUCAACUCCACCGGGAACCCGAAGACCGCAAUGCCCCUUUUUAACCAGACCCAGCUAUUUGCGAAGUUCGUCCAGGACUCUGCGACAUACUGGCGCACAUCAGCGGCCGCCGCUGACGUCACUCCCCGGUUCCCCCACCCCGACGCCUUCGGAUCGGCGCUCUACGUGUUUGCCACGGGCGGAAACGAUCUCAGAAACUUCGUCCAGGUGCUGACGAACCCCGCCGGGCUUGCGCAGGCAGUGCUGGCUUCCAUAAGAUCGGCAGUCACGGACACAUACGCUCUCGGCGCCCGCAACAUUCUCAUAGCAAACGUGCCACCCGCCCAUUGCGCCCCUGCACUGCGAAACCUAAGCCCAACCGGCACCUGUUUUGCGUCGAUCGCACCCGUGGUCCAAACCCUGAGCGCGGGGUUUGACCCGCUGGUGCAGCAACUAGGGGCGGCGCUUCCCAACGCUACUGUUCUGCUGGGCGACCUGUAUAACUUUACGAGCGACGCCAUAGCGUAUCCCGCCGCCUUUGGUCUUACAGUGGCCGACCGCGCGUGCUGCGGCGCUGGCGGGCCGGCAAACGUGGCCACCCCGUGCUCCGCACCCGGGUUCUCGGUUUGCGACGAUCCUGACCGGUCUCUCUUUUGGGACGGUCUGCACGGGACGACGGCUUUCUACCGGUUGGUGGCCCGGGAGAUCCUCGCGGGGAGUACGUACGUUCGGCCUAAUAACCUGCUUGAUGAGUUUGUGAAGACGAAGCUGCUUAAAGUAUGAGCUUACAGGGUGCGUGACUCAAUGGUGAGGACUUUCGUUGCCAAGCAGGUACACAAACCAUGUGUUCUUGGUGCCGUAGUGUUUGCCAAGUCUGCGAUACGGGUGCAGUAGAAGACGAAAUACAUUUUCGUUUUUGAUUGCGUUGCUUAUGAAGAUGUUAGAAGGCUCUUCCAAUCUCUAUUUGGGCAUAGGUGCACAAAAAGCCUUUAAACUUUCCCCAAUAUGGAAGAUAGCUUAGCUAUAGGGAAGUAUCUGCACAUAUGUACCGAGAGGAGAAGUAGCAUUCUCAAGGCUUAGCAUAGCAAGAACAAUCCGUCGACUUAGCCGAGCAAGGCUCCGAACCGAUGUUAGAAGCAAUUCAAUUUGAUUCAAUUCAAUUCAAUUCAUAGUCACGGGUCGAGCUUAGUUGGCACUUAACGAAGUCAACGAUUGGAUGUUGAGCUCUAACUUGCGAAGAAUGUCAGGAUUUUCAUAUGGCAGAUCCUAUCUGACACUGAGCCUUUGCAAUCGUUUAGUCGCAAGACCUUGGUCGGACUGGUCAUUGUUACAAAGAGAGGCCAGCAGACUUGAACGUUUGUCGUCAAGGUUAACAGGCA